GUGGGGCAGACGGCAUCACCAUGUCUUCUGGAAGUCUUCUUCUCCUGCUGGGACUCCUCACCCUCUGGGCAGAGCUGACCCCCGUCUCCGGCCAGGACCGUCCAAAGUUUUGUUAUCUUCCUGCUGAAACUGGACCAUGUAAAGCCAAAAUGCCUCGCUUCUACUACAACCAGGCUUCAAACCAAUGUCAACCGUUUAUUUACGGUGGAUGCAAGGGGAACGACAACAAUUUUAAGACCCUGGAUCAAUGUCGCUACACCUGUGUUGGGAAGCCUGGCCGGUGUCCCAGCCCACCUCCAGGCACCGUCACCACUUGCGACGUGAGGUGUAGAAGUGACUGGGAGUGUGCUGGUAAUCAGAAGUGUUGCCAUUACGGUUGCAGCAUUCGGUGCAUGCCCCCUGUGAUAGGGAAGCCUGGCCGGUGUCCCAGCCCACCUCCAGGCACCGUCACCACUUGCGACGUGAGGUGUAGAAGUGACUGGGAGUGUGCUGGUAAUCAGAAGUGUUGCCAUUACGGUUGCAGCAUUCGGUGCAUGCCCCCUGUGAUAGGAUCCUUUCCAUGAUGGCUGGGCCUUUCUGCAUGGGACCUUCGGCCUUUCCGAAUUGCGGCCAGUGUUCCAACUUGACCCAAAGACCCUUCUUCUGUCCUGGGCCAUCCUGGAGACCCUCCCCUCAAAAACACUCCUGGGUUUAUUUCCUCUGCAAUAAAGCAUUGAAUUCUGGCUUCC